UCUCCCCGCGCCCCAAAUCCCGGCGUGGCGGCACCGGGAACGCCCCGGACCCCAGCCCGGACCCCUCCCCAGCCCGGACCCCUCCCCAGCCCCCUCCCCAGCGCCGCGGGUCGGGGCCACCCCGGAGCAUUUCGGAGACCGGAUUUGUCACCGAGGGGUCAAUCCAGCUCAGAAUCCCGGGAUGGAGCCGCUGGCUCCCGCCGCCCUCCUGGCCCUGCUGGUGCUGGCACUGGGACACCCCGACCCCGCGCUGGACCGCCACUGGGAGCUCUGGAAAAAAUCCUACGGCAAGGAAUAUCAUCCCCAGGAGGAUUUUCUCCGCCGCCUGACGUGGGAGAAGAACCUGUGGCUGGUGACCCUGCACAACCUGGAGCACUCGCUGGGGCUCCGCUCCUACACGCUGGGGAUGAACCACCUGGGGGACAUGACCAGCGAGGAGGUGGCGGCUUCGCUGACGCGGCUCCAGAUGCGUCCUCGUCCCCUUCGGAAUUCUGCAUUCCCGGCGCGAUUCCGGCCGCUCGGUGACAUCCCCGAGGCGCUGGACUGGCGGGACAAGGGCUGCGUGACCGAGGUGAAGAACCAGGGCGCCUGCGGAUCCUGCUGGGCCUUCAGCGCCGUGGGGGCGCUGGAAGCGCAGGUGAAGCUGAAAACCGGGAAUUUGGUGUCCCUGAGCGCCCAGAACCUGGUGGAUUGCUCCGGGAUGUACGGGAACAAGGGCUGCGCCGGGGGGUUCAUGACGGAGGCGUUCCAGUACAUCAUCGACAACGGCGGCAUCGAGUCCGAGGAGUCCUAUCCCUACACGGCUCAGAACGGGACGUGCCACUACAACGCCUCCGCCCGCGCCGCCUCCUGCUCCCGGUUCCUGGAGCUGCCCGAGGGCGACGAGGCCGCGCUCAGGGACGCCGUGGCCACCGUGGGCCCCGUGGCCGUGGCCAUCGACGCCACCCGGCCCAGCUUCUUCCUGUACCGCUCCGGGGUCUUCGACGACCCCCAGUGCUCGCAAGAGGUGAACCACGGCGUGCUGGUGGUGGGAUACGGCUCCCUGGAAAACAAGGAAUAUUGGCUGGUGAAGAACAGCUGGGGCGUGCACUUCGGGGACGCGGGGUACAUCCGCAUGGCCCGCAACGCCUCCAACCUCUGCGGCAUCGCCAGCUACGCCUCCUACCCGCUGAUCUAGGCAGACCUGCGCUCCCAACGCCGCCCCAGAGCUCCAGAUUUCCGUGGAUCCCAUCCCAGCAGGGAUUCCUCCGCUUCCAGGGGCGCUGGGCGCCGUCCGAUGGUUGGAUCCGAGGGUUGGGAGGGGAUCCUGGGAAUGGCGUUGGUGGGCAUCCGGGGAAUGCUUUUUUUGGUAAGGGGAGAUUGGGGGUUUGGGAGUAAAGUGGUGAUUCCUGCAGGGAUCAGGUACGGGGAUAACAGGGAUCGGGUACAGGGGUCACUGGGAUCAUUGGGAUUGGGUAUCAGGAUCACAGGGAUUAUUGGGGUCACAGGGAUCACUGGGAUUGGGUACCAGGAUCACUGGGAUCACUGGGAUCAUGUGGAUCAUUGGGAUCACUGGGAUUGGGUACCAGGAUCACAGGGAUUGAGUACCAGGACCACAGGGAUCAUUGGGAUCAAGUAUCAGGAUCACUGGGAUCACUGGGAUCAAGUAUCAGGAUCACAGGGAUCAUUGGGAUCACUGGGAUCACUGGGAUUGGGUAUCAGGAUCACUGGGAUCAUUGGGGUCACAGGGAUCACUGGGAUUGGGUACCAGGAUCACUGGGAUCACUGGGAUCAAGUAUCAGGAUCACAGGGAUCAUUGGGAUCACUGGGAUCACUGGGAUUGGGUAUCAGGAUCACUGGGAUCAUUGGGGUCACAGGGAUCACUGGGAUUGGGUACCAGGAUCACUGGGAUCACUGGGAUCAAGUAUCAGGAUCACAGGGAUCAUUGGGAUCACUGGGAUCACUGGGAUUGGGUACCAGGAUCACUGGGAUCGUUGGGAUUGAGUACCAGGACCACAGGGAUCAUUGGGAUCAAGUAUCAGGAUCACUGGGAUCAUUUGGAUCAUUGGGAUCACUGGGAUUGGGUACCAGGAUCACAGGGAUCAU